CUCGGCUCGGCCCUUCCCGGCGCAGCGGGGACCGGGCGGGGGAGCGGCGUCCCGUGCCGAGCUUCUCCCCUCAGGGUGUCUCUCCAGCUAAAAUGGUUUUAAAGAAGAAGAAAGAAAUUCAGGUUGAUGCAUUCUUUCUUGAUCACCAGCAGCUUGAAAAACUUCAGAAGUUUUCAAAGGCUGACGAACAAAACCUGGCAUCUCUGCUUCUGCACUGUGGACAGCUGAACAAUGGCAUCCAGCAAAUCCAGUGUAUUAAACAAAUCAUGCCUUUGGUGAAGAUGAUGGAUCAAAACUCUGCGUGUGAUCCCAUGGUUAAAGCUUGUUUAGAUAUCUUGGGAGAGACAUAUUUUUCACUGGAUAUGAAGAACCCCUUGAAAAAAGUAUUAACAAGUUUGCUAAAUGGUCUUCCUGAGCCGUUGAUGCCGUUAGCUGUUCAAAGCUUUGUACGCUGCCUUAAGGAAGAACUGAAAAUCACGGAUAUAUAUUUGUACAGAAAAGUACUGGAUAACCUUGCUUCCUGUAUGGAGGACUUCAGCUUAGGUAAAGCAAGUAUUAAGAACCUGUUUGAAGAAGUUCUUCAGUUCCUGCAAAAGUCGCUACUUGACAUACAGGAAGAAAACAGAAAGAAUAGUGGAAAUCGUGUAGUUCAGACACAGUUGAUGCAUGAUUUAUUGAUGGCCAUUAAAGUUUCCAUGAUGCUUGUACAGAAAUUGCAAGAAAAUAUUCAGGGAAGUCUUUGGAAAAAUCAUGAGUCUUGCAUUUGGCAAAGUAUGUGUAGUUUACUGAAAAGUUCCAUCAGCUUCCUAAUGGAUGAAACUCUAAUGCAGACUGUUCAGACUACCUCAGGACUGGCCUUUAUUCUGUUUACUAAAGCUAUGUAUGAGCCAGCUGAAGAAUUACGUUCCUUGGUCAGUGACUUACUUCUUGGAUUGAAGAAGCAUGCAGGCAUGCCAGCAUGGUUUGUGAGGAAUUGUGGGACUCUGUGUACAGAGGAACUCUCAGACUCAGUCCUUCCCUUUCUUUGCCAUGGAGCAUUGGCUAUGCUGGAUUGGAAGAAUAGCAACAUGGGUGAAAGUGGAGAGAAACUGUUACUAGAUAUUGCAUCAGUCUUGUUGUCUUUGAGUUCAGAGUUAAAAGAAUCCAGUAUGGCAAUAUGUUUAUCGAGAAUUGUUGCUAUUUGGACUAAUUCAGCACUAGCUGCCCUCGAUUCAGACUCCCCAGAUCUAAAAAUCAAACUUAACGGGAACUCAGAGGUAAUUGGGAAGCUGCUGGAAUAUGUUUACACACACUGGGAACACCCUCUAGAUGUUGUUAGACACCAAACCAAAUUGAUAUUCAGGAAUCUUCUUCAGAUACACCAAACCAUUGUUACUGGAUGCAAUUUAAAAUCAGACCCAUUCUUUGCAAGGCUGACCAAGCAUUUGCUGAGUUUGGAAUGGCAUGUGAAAGGAAAAUACGCUUGUCUUGGCUGUCUUGUGGAGUGUGUGGGCACUGAAAGUAUACUACAGUUGGACAGAACAAUUCCAGGACAAAUCUUGGAUAUGAUGAAUGAUCAGUCUCUUGCACCCUAUGCAAGUGAUCUUUUGGAAACCAUGUUUACAAAUCACAAAGUGCAGUUUACUUCGAGUUUUAAGGAAAGUUCGUGGAUUGACCAGUGGCAUGACAUCUGGGUUUCUCCUCUUCUUCUAAUACUGUGUGAAGGGAACCAUGACCAAACUACUUAUAUAAUAGAUUAUUAUUUACCAAAAUUGCUCAAAUGCAGCCCUGACAGUCUCAGCUACAUGAUGAGAAUUCUUCAGGCUUCUGCAGAUGCUAACCUUGGUUCUUGCAGUACCAGAGGAGCUCUUGGAGCCCUGAUGGCAUGCCUAAGAACAGCCAGGGCUCACGGACACCUGGAACUUUCAAGUGUCAUGAGCAAUGGUCUUGUAUCUACUGAAUGUAUAAAGCAGGGUCUAGUGCAUCAGCACAAUCAGGUUUGCAUUGAUGCUUUAGGUUUGCUUUGUGAAACCCAUCGUAGCACAGAAAUUGUGUCUAAGGAAGAAAUGCAUCUAAUUCUAUUUUUCCUUGAGUACAACUUGAACAGUCAAUCUCCUUCAGUAAGGCAACAGAUAUGUUCUUUACUACGAAAGUUAUUUUGUAGAAUACAAGAAAGUUCCCAGGUGCUUUAUAAAUUGGAGCAAAAUAAAACCAAGCAAGAAUUACUUGAAGACUCAACUAAAAGGCAUCCUUCGGGGAUUUUGCAGCAAUAUAAAGAUUUCAUGUCUUCUGUAUGUGACAGACUUUUUGAGGCGCUGUUUCCUGGUUCAUCGCACCCAACCAGAUUUUCUGCUCUAACUAUUUUAGGAUCAGUAGCUGAAAUAUUUUCUGUUCCAAAAGGACAGGUGCACAUUUUUAAGUUGGAUCAGGAGAUGGAUUCUUCUCGUGUCCAAACUUUGAUUCAAUGUUUUGCCAGUACUUUUGAAGAAGUAAAAGUCCUAGCAUUUGAGCUUUUGAUGAAACUGCGAGAUGUUGCAUUUAGCUUACAGGAUUCUGAAAACAUUGAUCUACUGUUCCAAGCAGCAAUGGAUCUUAGCACGAGUACCAAGCCGUACGAUUGUGUCACUGCAUCAUAUUUGUUGAACAUCUUAGUAUAUCAUAAGGAACUGCAGCAUACUUGUUUAGGAAAAUGGAUUGAGCAUACCCCCCAGAUGGAUGAAAACACAUCAGCAAGUACCAUGGAAAAGAACACUUUAGCAGUUAUCAAGCUUUUAUUAGUGAAUGUUGAAGAAGAAAUAUUUCAAGCCAAAAAUUCUCUGCUUCAAGCAGCAGCAUCGUUCCCAAUGUAUGGGAGAGUGCAUUGUAUAACAGGAGCUUUGCAGCAAUUACCUUUUAAUAACUUGAUGUUGAUGACUGAAUGGAAGCAAAUGGUGGCUAGGCUCAUUCUGAUGUCAUACGAACUCUCUGCUGUAGUAUCACCGGUAGUGCAGAGCUCAUCACCAGAGGGUCUCAUUCCAAUGGAUAAUGAUGCAGAAACAGCGGAUCGGUUGCAGAUGAUUCUGCAUGAGAUACAGCCGCAGGACACAAAUGAUUAUUUUAUGCAAGCAAAAAUUUUGAAGGAACACUGCAAAAUAGAGUCCGAAAAGCUGGCUGUCCGUAAGCCAAUGGAAAAUAUUUGCACAGAAAUGAGAGGUAAAGAAAGGCAAAUGUGUGAUGUCACAGCUCAAAUGGUUCUUGUAUGUUGCUGGAGAAGCAUGAAGGAAGUCUCCCUGCUAUUAGGGACACUGUGUAAGCUUUUGCCUACACAGGCUGCAUCUGAACCUUCAGAUGGGUUGAUUACUGUAGACCAGGUUAAAAAUAUCGGGGAGUACUUCAAACAUCACCUACUGCAGUCGAGGCACAGGGGUGCAUUUGAAUUGGCAUACGCUGGCUUUGUGCAACUUACAGAAAUGCUUUCCAGAUGCAACAGCAGGAGUCUGCGCGAGAUGCCAGAGCAGUGGCUAAGCUGUGUGUUAGAAGAAAUCAAAUCCUGUGAUCCUUCAUCGACAUUAUGCGCAACCAGACGUAGUGCAGGAAUUCCAUUCUACAUUCAGGCUUUGUUAGCUUCAGAACCAAAGAAGGGCAAAACAGAUUUGCUGAAAAUGGCCAUGAAAAAAUUGCUGUCUUUGGCUGCACCUUUGAAUGAGUCAUCAAGUGUUAUUCCACAGGUUCAUGCUUUAAAUAUCCUGCGGGCACUGUAUAGGGAUACACGUUUAGGUGAAAACAUCAUGCCUUACGUUGCAGAUGGAAUACAAGCAGCAAUUCUAGGGUUUAUGUCACCUGUUUGGGCAGUACGAAAUUCAUCUACACUUCUCUUUAGUGCUCUAAUUACAAGAAUUUUUGGGGUUAAAAGAGAAAAAGAUGAAAAUUCCAAAAAAAACAGAAUGACAGGAAGGGAGUUUUUCUCUCGAUUUCCAAGUCUCUAUCCUUUUCUUCUCAAGCAGUUGGAGGUUGUAGCCAACACUUCAAACAGUGAAGCUGAAGAGCUGAAAAUCCAUCCAAGUUUGUUCCUUUUGCUUUUAAUCCUGGGAAAGCUGUAUCCAUCUCCAAUGGAUGGCACUUACUCAGCACUCAGCAUGGCACCAUUUGUACCAUUUAUUAUCAGGUGUGGGCAUUCUCCUGUGUACCGAUCCCGUGAGAUGUCAGGUCGGGCCCUUGUUCCAUUUGUUAUGGUAAAUGAAGUGCCACGCACAGUGAUGUCACUGGUGAGGGGGCUUCCAGACUGUACCAGUCCUUGCAUACGACAGAAUUAUAUUCACGGAACACUUCUGCAAGUUUUUCACUUGCUGCAGUCAUACUUGGAAUCAAAGCAGUUUGUUAAUUCAGACUUCCAGCAGGGACUGGGUGACAUCAUUACCUGUAUAGGAACCAAACUGUGGUUGGCUAAAAGGCCAAAUCCUUGUUUGGUGACCAGAGCUGCUUAUCUCGAUGUCCUUGUGAUGCUGAGCACUCACCUGGGGAAGUUCCAGAAGCAAGGAAUGCAUCUGCUUGAGUUUUGGGACGAGAUUAACAGAGUUAUCUCAGAUUCUGAACUGAUGACAGGAGUUCCCUACUCAUCUGCAGUACCUGGACUGACACAGUAUCUCCAGAGCAUCACCAAACUUGUAAUAUCCAUGCUGUCGGUGACGACAGGCGCUGACAUCCAGAGCAGCGGUUCACCUGUUGCAAAGAAAAUAGCCAAGCCACCAUUGUCAAUAGUUCAUCUUCUUCACUGUGAGUUUCAUGAAGUACGUCUGCUUGCAUUGGAAGCAGUAUUGCGCUGGCUGAAACAAGCGAAUGCCAAACAGAUUGCAGAAGAAGGUGUAUUAUGUUUGCUUGUUGACUUGGAAGGCAUUCUUCUCACAAUGGCUCUGAAGGAAAAGAAUCUUGAGUGUUUAUACAAGGUGCUGGAAAUUCUUUACAUGAUGGAUCUCAGAAAAGUGCUUCCAAAGACUGAAUGCUCUAUAAAAAUGAAUCCAAAUGAGCUCUUAACCUGGAGUUUAAACAUUGUAGAUAUCUCCAACAGCACUGAAAUUCAAAGCAUAGCUCUCAAAUUUGCCUCAAAGUUGGUUAUGCAUCUCCUACAGAAUCAUCAGCAGAUUUCAGAGGAGGUCUUAAAAAAAUGGGUUCAACAGAUAAUUUCUUUUUGUGGAGAUGAGCAAGAGACAGAAAUGCUGUUAGCAGCUGCUGAGGUACUAAAAAGUAUAACACCAUUCCUCCUGAUCAACGAGAAGCUCAUUCUUGGUCUCUCUGAUACCCUUGCUAUGUGGAAAUGUGUGGUCCUCCUGCUGCAAAAUGAAGACUUGGUGGUAAGGGACGCUGCUGCUGAGAUUAUACAAGUGGCACAAUCUCAAAAAACGAGCAGUAAAGGAACAGAGUUUGCACUUAGGGUAGUGAAUGCUCCGAUGGCCUUGGACUUAGCGUUUGGCACACUGUGUGAGCUGCUUCAGCUGUGGGGGGAAGCCUGUGCUGGUGUGCCGAUCUUGCUGGAGUGGCUGCUGGGAGACAGUGAUCUACGACAAGGCUCGGAGACUUCAGAUCUGGAAGAAGAUGAUAACCUGUUUGAUAAAGGGGAAGUGAAUUUUUGGGCAGAGAAGGUAACUUACGUCAGACAACUUAGUAAGCACCUUUUACGGCUUAUACAAGUGACUCAUCUAACCUUACCAGAUCAAGGAGAACUUAAUCGACUGUCCAGAAGGGCACAGGACCAAGCCCAGCUUGCUGCACACCUGAUUAGAGCGCUUCCUCCAACUCCAGAAUUUUUGAAAACUGCAGAAUUCACAAAAUUGGCUAUUCAGAAUGAAAGGGUAUCAGUCUGCCUUAAAAUGAUAAAUUUGCUCAAGUCUGAUGAGAUUUGCAAAAACGAAAGUCCAAAAAAAUGAACUAAAACCAAACACCACUAAAAAUUCAUCCUCAGGGAACUACAGACAGUGGAUUGGCAGGGGACUGAAUUCUACGGAUAUUCAAGGAAUUAAGGUAUUGCUAUGACGACCCCAGUAAACCUGUAACCAACUAUUCAUGCUAAAAAACACAUUUUCCACAUAUGAGUCCAUUGAUUUAUUUUUUUUUUUGGUCAGGUGUGCUGUGGGAGACCAUUCCUUUUAAAUGCAUUUGCUAAUUUCAUUCAGCUGAGUAUGGUUUAUUGUAGCUACUGUAGGAAGUAAAGCAGCUAAACCUAAUAUUUUCCAUUCAUCCAGGUGCAGGCCACCUGUCGCUGUGUUACAUUUUCUCCUGAAUUUUUACCUCCUGUCUUUUAAUACCAGGAAAAAACUUCUUUUUGGGGGGCUCCUUUUGACAGUUGAAAUGAUAAUUAUUAAAUUGAUGAGGGAAAAUUUUAUUUAAAGGACCUUGGAUCCUUUCUUUGUCCCUGACAAAUUCUAGACUACGGUUUAGAUCUGACUGCAUUUUUCUCUGGAGGAAGGCAAGGAUCCUUACUUUGCUAGUAGCCUUGUUUUGUAGAUGGAAACAGCAUUAGUUACGCUUCGCAUGCCUGUGUUUCCUGUAAAUCAAAUAACUUCUUUUGUAAAAUUGCUCUCAAAUGAAGUUGGCAGUGUUGAAAACAAAGCAGCUGUUCCACUUAGAGCAAAAUAGUUUUGUCUUUACUUCAAAACACCUUGCUCUCCAAGCAGCCUUGAAAAAGAAGGUCCUGAGUGGUAGGACAAGGCCACCAGAGAUGUGCAGGAAGUGUCCUUGUGCUACGGCGCUCUCCCUCCCAAGGUUUUGCUGUGAGCACUUGGGUAAGAGCUGUGUGGAAUGUGUCCAAUGCUCAACCAUUUCAUUGUCCGAGGUACAAAAACGUUUGUCGCACUUUGUGGAUUUAUUUUUCUGGGAAUUUGGAUUUGGCUGUGAUAUGAAAAUGAGACAUCAAAAAUAAAUACUUAUUUUAAAAAGGA